AUGUGUAAUUCCCCGUUCGCCGUGGCUGGAGAUCUCGCGUGGGGAAUAGUGCCGUACAUCAAGCAGUGCGCCUUGCUGCGGAUAGUGGGCCACAUCAAGUUCAGCUACGUGACGCUGCAAGUGCUGCAGAGCUCGGCGCAUCCUGAGGACGACUCUAUCCGCAUCCGCUGGAGGAUCCGCGGAGUCAGCGCCCUCAAGUCCAUGUUGAUGUUCUGGAAAUUCAACAUCUUUAAGCUCCAGAACAGCAUUGACGAGCACGGCGUGGAUUGGUAUGACGGCUACUCCAUAUUCCAAGUGGGUGGCGAUGGGAAGAUCCACACGCACAUGCCGACAAG